ACCAUGUUAUCAUCACCCGGUCUCCCCGUGGCAGAGCAAGUCUACUGUUUGCUUCUUGUCGAAGCCUCAAAUCCCAGGCGGCAUCCCGACCAUGCUCUGAGCCCGCCGCUGCAGUACUUAGUCUUCAUCCCACCAUGAGCUUGGAGCCCUUCGCCAGGUUGGUGCGGCUCGCGGGGAGGGCUUUCUACGACGACGUCUCUCUCAAGGGGGACAACCAGCCCAAGAACGGCAGGGGCGACAACAGGGGCAUGGCCGUCAUCGUCCUCGACGCCCUCACCAGGCGCCAAUGGGUGAGAGAAGAAGAUUUGGCUAAGACCUUAAAGCUGCAUGCAAAACAACUUCGUCGUAUUUUACGAUUUUUUGAAGAGGAGAAGCUAGUCAUGAGAGACCAUCGGAAAGAGUCAGCUAAAGGGGCAAAAAUAUUCAGUACAGCAGUAGCUGCCACUGGUGAUGGUCAACAAGUAGUAAAGGAUGGAGAAGAGAAGACAAAGAUGCAUACUCAUUCUUAUUGCUGCCUGGACUAUGCACAGAUCUAUGACGUCAUAAGGUAUCGAAUGCAUCGAAUGAAGAAAAAAAUAAAGGAUGAAUUGGACAGCAGGAAUACCAUUCAAGAAUACAUAUGCCCAAAUUGUGGGAGAAGGUAUUCAGCUUUUGAUGCACUUCAGCUUGUGAGUUUCACCGACGAGUAUUUUCACUGUGAAAACUGCAAUGGUGAACUUGUUGCCGAGAGUGAUAAACUUGCUUCUGAAGAAAUGGGAGACGGUGAUGACAAUGCUAGAAGGCGGAGACGUGAAAAGCUGAAAGACAUGCUUCAAAAGAUGGAGGAACAGCUGAAACCAUUGGCUUUGCAACUUGCGAGAGUAAAGGAUUUACCUGCUCCUGAAUUUGGAAGUCUGCAGGCAUGGGAAGCUAGGGCGAAUGCAGCUGCUCGUGCAAAUGGUGAUUUAAAUGCACUGGAUCCAGCCAAAUCUUCUCAAGGACAAGGAUACAGUGGAACACCUAUGCCAUUCCUUGGGGAAACAAGAGUUGAAGUUGCUUUAUCUGGUAUGGAAGUGAAGGGAGAAGACAAUGAGUCUGAUACAAAGACUUCAGCCUUGAAGGUUAUACCUCCUUGGAUGAUUAAAGAAGGAAUGAGUCUAACAAAAGAACAAAGGGGAGAUGCGGUAAAAGUAGAUGACGUUUCAACUUAUGGUGAUGACAAGAAAUCAAAAGAUGUAAAAGAAGACGAAAAGAGCAUACAGGAUGAGUAUCUCAAGGCCUAUUAUGCAGCUUUGUUGAAAAGGCAGAAAGAGCAGGAAGAAGCUUCAAGAAUGCAACGAGAGGCAGAAAGAAGUCAGUCUGACCUUGUGGAUGGUGUUCUUGAAGCAUAUUCUGAACGCCAAGUUGGCAAAAAGGCAAAACGUGAAGAUUAUGAAAAUGAUGAUGUUGAAUGGGAAGAGGUUCCAUCUGCAGUUGUGACAGGUUCAGGUGAAAAAUAUAGACUUGCUGAUCUAAACAUGGAGGCCACUGCAUCAGGCGAUGAUGAAGAUGAUGACAUUGACUGGGAGGAAGGAUAAACCUAGACUAAUUCAAGAAGUUUCUUGCUGAUUGGCCAAGGAGCAAGAGCCUUCCAGUUGCUUGGUCUUCUCACUGUUACUCAUAGCUAGGUGGUAGGAUGACUAAGGUGCUGCUGCAGUAUAAUAUCUGAUGCAUCGUAGCUGAAACUUUACAAGUUAGUUUAGUAAGGCUAAAGUUCUCAAGGGGAAAAGACAUAGGUUUCUUGGUUAAUCUUCUAAGCACAUUUAGUGUAGAUUGUUUCUGUAUAGUAACACCAUGGCCGCUGCAGUACCGGUAACCAAACAUUUAGCUUGCAUUUGUUGCAUAUUCUUCGAGCGUGUAGGGUUAUGUAUGUUUUCAUAUCCUUGUGUCCAAUUGCUAGUGACUGUGAUUGUGAUUCGAAACGUAUGUUGCUGUUAACAAUGUAAUUUGGUUUUUGCCCCAACUGCAGCAACAAAGUUGAUAGCAAGGUUAGAUGGACAUUUUGCCUGCAGGUGCUGGAGAUGCAGCCUCCAAGGGAUCUCUGUUUGUCUUUGCGGCCAGUUCUUUUUUAUUGGUUUCAUUAAAUGGUUGCUAACACUAUUUACGGGUCUUCAUGCAACACCUUAUUGUUCUUCAUGCUUUUGCCCUCGUUAUGUUUUACAGUUGGUGUAUUGGAAAACUCCACCAGGAAUCCGCAUGAUGUCCAGCUGAGUCCAGGAGACUUGGCUACGUUACAAGUAUGCUUCUGGCUGUGUUUUCAUUUUCUUAUUAGUUAAUGUUGUUGGAAUCGCGUCACAACUGCCUUGUAAUUCUUGUGAUUCUAAAAUAGGACAUCAUCAUCAUGCUUUAUGGCUGACAUUUUUUGCCCAUGGGAGGUUUUUUUGGCAUCUUAGAAGGAACAGCAGUUACUGGCAAUCCAUGUUGCUUGGGGAUUAGAAGAAUCAGAUGUAUACACUAUAUGGCUAAGUUUUCUUUAAAACUUUUAGAUUGUGGCAUUCCAGAUUCUGUUUGCAAAUGCAUCCAAACAGGGAGAUGACCCCAUGGAGGUGAGGUGACAUGCAACAUCUUAAAUUCUUUGGUGUGGGGAAUCCACCCACCAAGUAAACAUCAGCUUAUAGUGGGUGGUCUCAUAUGUCCCAAUUUAUUUAUUCUGCUACUGCUGAUUAUUAUUAUAGUGAUCAAAUGGUGCUGUUUAUGUGAAGUAAUCUUACCACUACUAUUUGUCAUCCAUGGUGGUGUUUAUUAUGCGUUGUAGACAUGGAUCCACUUUAUCUAAUGCUUCCUUUUCAAUCCAGCAUUCUUCACCACCACCACCAUUGCCGUGUAAAGUGUAUCGGAAUUGCCCCGUGAAAUAUGCACCACUAGAUUUAAAGGUUUGCCACCGUGGGACCUCCACCCUCUCUCUCUCUUCACAGAUCUCCUACUGCUCUUUCAUCGCUUCAGUGUUCAACUACAUCAUACAUACAACUGCCUCAAGAUUGUUACGAGUCCAAGCCAAAGGUGACACACAGCAUGAAGCUCCUCAGCCUACUUGUUAUGAUGGUUUCUGCGAUGCUUGCAGUAUCCAUCACGGGGUCAUCCUCCGCCGCAGACCUCCGCCAUCGCAAGACACCAAAGCUCGACACCAAAGAAGAAGGUCUCCUGCAUCAUCAGCUCAAGGGUGUGACUUCUUCCACAGGCAGUAAUGGUGAAGGAGUCACCAGCCUUCACGAGUUCGCCAACGCUGUUGGCCAACAAGGAAGCACCUUUGGAGCAAGCAAGAGUGAGUACCCUGGAAAUGACAUCGACGGCCAUCAUAGUAUCGAUCCCACGUCUUGGGUUCAGAGGAAUGCAUCUCCCCCGGAUCACGAGUGAAAUGCGACCCUUUAAAGGACGCUCCAUGAAGCGACAACAGCAGUCGUGUAAGCUCAACAUAAAUGAGGUAGAUCGGUCUCUCUUUGAAGUAUCCAGAAGAACCAUCUCUCAUGUUCAUGUACUAUGAAAUCUAUGCUUACUAAUCUCAUGAUAAGUAGUUGAAUCUCCCUCCUCCAA